AUUUCACUUUCUACAAGUGCUUCAAAGACGUAACAACAAAAUUUAUUAUCUAAAUUUUCAACUUCUUUUCGUGUGUUAACUUGUUUUCGAACAUGACCGAUUCGGAGGAGGGCGCAUGGAUCCAUUGGUUCUGUAAGCAGCGUGGCAAUGAGUUCUUUUGCGAGGUGGACGAGGACUAUAUACAUGAUAAAUUCAAUUUAAACUUUCUCGACUCGAAUGUGAAUAACUAUCGCUGUGCCCUGGAGGUGAUACUUGAUCUGAAUUCUGGUUCUGGUUCGGAUAUCCCCCCUGAAGCCGAAUUGGAAGCCUCCGCCGAGAAAUUGUACGGUCUCAUACAUGCUAGAUUCAUAUUGACAAAUCGUGGCAUUGAACUAAUGCUGGACAAGUUUAAUAAGGGUGUCUUUGGCACUUGUCCUCGUGUCUUUUGCCAGCGUCAACCUGUUUUGCCCAUUGGUUUGAGUGAUAACCCAGGCGAGGAGAUGGUACGUUUAUAUUGUCCCAAAUGCAAUGAUGUCUAUGUCCCCAAAUCGGCAAGACAUGCCAAUUUGGAUGGAGCCUUCUUUGGUACUGGUUUCCCACACAUGAUGUUCAUGGUUAAUCCCGAUGCAAGACCCAAACGAGCCAAACAAAAGUUUGUGCCCAGAUUGUAUGGCUUUAAGAUUCAUCAAUUGGCCUAUCGUCCCACUGCUGAUGGAACCAUUUUUAAAGAGCAGCAACAAGAUAGUCACUAGACCCUAGAUGUCAGCCUUCUUUGAGAGUGUGCAACAAAUUUUUUAAACGAAAAUGUCAAAUUGUAUUGCAUGUAAAAAAAAAGAAGUGUAUAAGUAUCUCAUAAUUAA